AUGAAGCGAUCCUCACCAAUCCAUCCAUCUCAGGACGGGCGUAAGGAGAAAAUAGCUCGUCGACAGGACCCUGUCUCAUGCAAGUUUUGUCGGACCAAAAAGCUCAAGUGUGAUCGCAACUUUCCAUGCAGUAAUUGCAGAGCUCGCAGACUCCCCUGCGUGUCAGCUACAGGUCGAGCAGACAUCCCAAGUUCCCAGCCGAUCAAUUCUUUCUCGGCAGGUUCAUCAAGUCAAGGGAUUGAGGAGUUGAACGCCCGCCUGAAAAGGUUAGAAGAACUUCUAGAAAUAAACAUCAAUGUAUCAGGAAGUUCGAAAGAUACCGUUUCUGCGGUCUCGACACAAGAAACGCCUGCAGAAGAUGCUCAAAUCACAAAUACAGUCUCGUGGUUAGAAUCUGAUGCUUUCGAGCACCGAGGCCUCAAUGAGUCAACAAACUAUAAUCUUCUCAGUUACGAUGAUGAAAUCACACAAACUUUUGCUGCUUCCUUUUUAGGUACGCCGGCCACUACUGUACGAACAGGUGUCGACGUACAAAGUUUGCGUUCGCUUCCGCCUAGAAAGCAUGCGACGGUUCUUUUUGACUAUUUUGUCCAUAAUAUCGUUUGGAUCUAUCACAUAAUUCAUAUACCAACUCUCGAGACUCAUCUGAAUAGAGUAUAUGAUGAUCUUGACCAGAACUUACAGCCUCAAAACGAUCAUGUUGCUCUUCUUUCUACAGUCUUUGCAUUGAGUUUAUAUUUUCAAGGAGCUGAACCUCUAUCAGAAACUCGUCGUUGGACUUUGUUGGCUCAAAAAGCACUGUGUGCUGCCAAUUUUAUCGGAAAACCCACAAUGGAGUCAAUACAAGUAGUGCUAUUGAUAGCACACCAUCUUUUGCCUAACAUUGGAGGCAUUGCUACCUUCCGAGUCCUGUUUACUACAGCAAUGCAUUCAGCACGUUCACUUGGAUUCGAUCAACUUGAUUCUACCCAGAGCAAGAAGCGGAGAGUUGGGAAAAAUUUGAAUUACAUUGAACUCGAAACUAAACGAAGGAUUUGGUGGCAUAUUGUUUCUACUGAUUGGAUCAUGUCUUUCAUGAGUGGUCCGCAAAACGGCACAUAUAUGAUUCACCCACAACAGAUGAAAUGCGACUAUCCAACCAAUGUCAAUGAUGUCGACAUUGGUCCCCCUGGAGACUAUAGAAAACCUUCAUGUAUGGCAACUGACAUGACAUAUUCUACAUUCAGGUACCAGCUCUCGAUUAUCUGUCGGGAAAUUGUCGACGCCACUCAAACCUUUGGCAGUGAGACACAUGAGCUGCCCUACGAGACGGUAUUGAGUUUUGACAGGAAGCUAAUUUCCAUGGUUUCUGAAUUUCCUCCAGCUCUUCGUAUGGAUGCCAAAAGUCGAGCGCAGUACAAAGAUUUAGACGCGAAGUACCCUUUCUUGGCAGUGCAAAGGACUGCGGGACAUUUUGGGGUUCAUACCAGAUUAACCCGACUUCAUCGGGCUUAUCUUGCGCGAGGUGCCCAUGAUCCACGAUUCUCUUAUAGUCGAAUGAUUUGUCUUCGAUCUGCUCGUUCAGUAAUUGAGCUGGGAACAGAUCUUACUGACUGGGGCAAGAAGCAAAAUUUCCAGCCAGUCAGAAUGUGGACAGUGACGCAUCACAUCUUUGUGGCUACCGUCAUUUUAGUAAUGGACUUCUGCUUGAAUAAAGGUGAUCCAAGGGCAGAGGAAAGGAAAGCCGAGAUAAUGGACGCUUUUAGAAUGCUUGAAACAUGCCAAGAAACCAAUACCAUAGCGAGGAGAGGUCUUCAACAACUUCGAGAUAUCCUACGAAGGGGAACAUCAUCUACCGAAGAAGCUUUAGCCCAAGUAAAGGAUCACAGCAAUGCGGCUCGCGAUGCGUCAAACUCUAUACAUUCACCGGAGCAACAAAAUCCUGAGUUUCGAAUGCCUGAAACGAUGACUACUUUUCCUGGCCUUGAUAUCAAUGACCCAUCCUCAAGAAAAGAUUGGGAAAAUGUCGAUUUUGAUACUAUCGAAGAUAUUAACUUUGAUGCUGAUCUCUCAGCUAGUGACUUCGAAGCACUCUUUCACAAUGAAAUGGCACCACCAUAUGGUUAA